CUGCCGCCAGCAAAAAUUUGCAUUUUCUAUUCAUGCAUUGAUAUUAUUUCAUUUAUGUGCCGUGUGAAACAUACGGUGGGAAAUUGUUAGAAACAACAGGAUCACAAUGCAGUGGCAGGAAGAGCUGUUGGAACUUGCUCGGCAGUUGAAGCAAGAACAUCUCUUUGUUACUUCUGAGCGCUACCAUCUACAGCAGCUCUAUGAAGAGGUUAGCAAGUCUGGAGAGAAGAUGUUUCAUGUUGCCUGGGUGACGAGUCAGCAGAAGUUGAUUCUAGAGCGGCUGAUCCUAGCCAAGCUGAACCCAUCACAGUGUUACAGCGUCGUCAAUGCCCUCGAUAGCGUUCAGUUUAUCGACGGCUACAAACAGCUUGGAUUUCAUGAAUCUACAUAUGGUGACUUUUUGAAGGCAUUUAGGGAGAAUGCUAAACUGGCAGCAACAUGUCUUGUCCAUGGCGAGACUCUUAAUCAGGAGGAAAUGCAGAAUGUAGCAUAUAUUAUAAUGUCAGCCGUCUACAGUAACAGUGUCCUGCCUGAGGAUGAACGGUAUGUACUGGAAAUGCUCAAGUGGUUGAUGGAGCUACAGCUUGCAAAGGCCGAUGAUCCGCGUCGUCUACUGCGGCGCGGAUCCUGCGCCUUCAGCACAAUCUAUAAGGUCACGGCAGGCGAGAUCGGGAAGAUCUGUGCGGACGUUGUGUUCACGUGCUUCGUGUGUCCGGCGAUCGUGAACCCAGACGCGUACGGUAUCACGUCCGACGCCCCGAUCAGCUACAUCGCGCGCUUCAACCUGAUGCAAGUUGGACAGAUCCUGCAAGUGCUCGCCAUGUCGAAGUGGGAUCCCAUCGAUUCGAAACUGAUGGACCUCUACGGGAGGUUUGAAAAGGAUUGCAUAUCUUCGCUGAUUGAGGUCAUCAUGGAGGGAGAGGUGUCUGAACUACCCGUAGAGCCGUCGGCAUUGUCAUUACAGAGUUUAAACAGAACAUCUGUGAUCAUCACGGAAAAUGAUUUAAAUUCCACGGUUGCAUUCAUGCGAGCGGUGUGCAGCAGCUGCAGGGAUGGCUUCCCGGCAGCAGAGCUGAAGCUUCUUGACAGCCUCGUUGGCAGCAUCCCCGCAUCGCCGGCAAAGAACCUCAACCAGCAGUCUCUGCUGCAGCCGCAGGUCGCCUCCUCUCCAUCCAGCGCAAAGAAGAUGAGCAUGAAGCAGGGCAAGAGCAGCUUUCGAGGAAUUCGCACUAGCACGCUGCUGCCCUCUAUGGGCGAUGAGCGAGAGCAUGGAGAUAAUGAAGGCGACGGAAUGGGUGUGACUGCCCCACAUGAAGUUCUCGUCAUUUCUCUUGGCAACGCGCCAAUGGAGUGUCCUGGCAUGCUGCCAGAAUCAAAGGUUCUCGCCGCCGAGUCAGUCGUCUCGGUCGAGUCGCGUGGCGUUCACGGACAGCGGCGCGCUCGUCGAGACGCAGGAGAAGCGGACGCGCUUCUCGCUGUCUCACGACCAGGACUCGACGAGCGACAACCUCGCAAGGGAUAUCGCGGACGGCUGGUGCGUAGAACAGCGAUAGCUUGCGGUCCGUCGACUCGAGGCGGAGGAGCUGAGGCAGACACCUCUCCGAUAUGGUGUCGGCGAACCAACGAGGACUCACGGAGCGCUUCGCGGGAAGUUGAGAUUCGCACGAUGCUCGGAGGUGAUGAGACCGUGUCUAUGGUGAGUGAUACGUGGAGCACUGAUGUACUCGCUAGUGACUCGGAACCUGCCGAACAAAACAUGUUUGAGAGACUACAGGAAAUCUCAGAGGAAAUGACACCAUCUCAGGUGGACACGGUCCAGCAGAUGAUGACAGGAGGAGGAGGAGAGACGGAGCGUGUGGCCAGCGACUACAGUGAGCAUCUGCACUCAGCUGGCAUCUUCGCCGCCUGCACACUCGCAACCUAUUGCGGCAGUCUGCGAAGCCUAGGUGCCGGCAUGGAUCCGAGCGGGAGUAACGAAGGCGACAGAGAGCCAGGCAUUAAGCUGGUCCGAGUCAGCUUGCUCGGGCUCAUCAAGGGGCGGCCGGCAGAUGUCAGUAGAGAGCCAGAGGAGCGAUCCUUGGCGGAACGCGGCCAAACACAGGAGCAUCCAGACAUUUGGGCGACGCAGGGAAGACUCACCGAUGAAGCCUCACUGCCUCACGGACGUGCACGGUUUCCACGGCAACAGGAGGCGCGCGGCGGCGCGGAGCCGGCCAGGCGGCGCCGGCGGUCGUUCGCGCAGCGACGUGCGACGCGUCAAGCCGGUGCGGUAAAGGUGAACUGCGUCGCCGACAGCAUGCACGCGGUGAGCGUCACCGUGCCGACGCCGCCGCCGCCGCGACCCGACCAGCGACCUCAGCGCCUCGGACGACCCGCGAGCGACGCGGCGGCGGCGGCGGUGCAGCAUUCGAUCGACGAGUUCGACCCGUUGCGGAGCGGGCAGACGAGCGGGUUUACCGUGCCGUUGCCGCCGGCGACGACGACGACGAUGAUGAAGCCGGUGGCCAUCGUCGACCCGUGGAUGCCGCAGAACGACGUUGGGAGGAUGUUCGCGCCGAUCGAUAACAGCCAGGAGAACCGGGGUUUCCAGCCGAUACCUGGUCCGGGGAUCCUGAAGACGAGAGGCAGUCUGGACGACGGACUAGCGUCCAGUUUACUACCCCUCUACCCUGGUGACCACCAGCGGCCAAGUGAUGCUAGUAGUAUCGCUAGCAGUCUAGAGGUGGAGAAGGGACGAACAGGAAGUAUUGGCAGCAGCAGUAGUAGCAGGGAUGGUUCAUUUGUGGACAGCAGUGCAAGGGAGCAGCAAGCAACGCAGCCACCGCCGCAGCAGAUGAAAGAAUCAGUUCCAAAAUCGAUCAGUUUUGAUUCCAGCAUAGAUAGAGAGGACAACAAUCAGCAAGGAGAUAAAGAUCAGCGUAAGAGUAUUUUCAAAGGAUUUGGACUUAAGUCGGUCUUUAAAGGGAAGCUGAGGAAAGGAGCUAAGUAUGAUGUAAUGGGAAAUAACGAGGCUUCGGGAAGUGGCGAUGGCAGCGGGAUCCGGCGAACUGCCUUGGAUGAUGGAAGCAAACCUGUAGAGUCCGGAGAUGACAUCCUCGCUAAGUAUCGCAAGAAACCGUCAUCAGCGGCAGCAAAUGAGCCUCAGGCUGCACCGCACAGUGGCUCCCCCGCGGCUGAAAUCGACCCGAGCACGGCGUUGUGGGACGACUCUCAGUAUCUAUUUGCUGACACGAAACGCAAACUUAGAAUCGUGCUGAGCAUGGUAGACCUGACGACGACGCACUGGUCUUCCCCUCUGUCUGCUCAAGUUGAUCAGGUUGAAAACCACCUGGUGGCAUUUUUGAGAACUCAAUUAGCAGAAGCCAUUAACCUUCAGGACCGCUCACUUGUUGCACAGUUACAUGAAACUCUACGAUGUGUGCGCCAGUUCGAUAAACCGGGAUGUAGGAAGCUGUUGGUGAGCUUGCAGGAAGACUACAGGCGGAGAGCUCCAUACAUAGCUUACCUCGUGCGAUGCCGCCAGGCCCUGCUCGCAACACAGUGUCAUCUUGACCGUCUGCUCAGGAGGAUACAGAGGGAGAAAACGAUAUGCAGCAAGUACAUAACACUUGUGUGUGUGAGGUUCUACCUCGAGAAAUACGAAGGCAAGAUCCAGCGAUUCAUAAGUGACUUCAAGAAGCUUGAUGUAUCCGAUGAAAAGACGGAUCUUGUUGAGCAGUUUCUCAAGUACAUGUACGAGAAGUUGGAGCAGGAUCCAACAUGGCAGCAUUCGAACGAGCGACAACUAAUGGAUGCACAGCAGGCCGUAGAACGAAGCCUGAUGUCACAAAUCUACAUCUACGCCAUUUAUCCAAACGGCGACGGUGACAUUCUGAGAGAUCAGUUGCUCCAGGAACACAUAAAGAAACUAUCAAAGGUCAUAACACCAAACCACAGAGACUUGAAAAUAAACAAGGUAUUCCUACACGAGUGCCCGUGGCCAUCAGCACAAGCAGAAAUUGUCACUAUCAACGCCUAUAAGACGCCCAAGGAUAAACUGCAGUGUGUCAUUCGCUGCUGUUCGACGAUCAUGAAUCUGCUGAGUUUGGCCAGUGACAAGUCGGUCCCUGCUGCCGACGACUUCACUCCAGUCAUCGUGUACGUGAUCAUCAAAGCGAAUCCACCCAGCCUGCUGUCGACGGUACAAUACGUGAACAGCUUCUAUGAGAAACGUCUCAGUGGUGAGGAGUCAUACUGGUGGGCGCAGUUCUCCUCAGCGAUCGAAUUCAUCAAGACAAUGGACUACAAGAUGUAGUUUCUGACGUGGGCUCAAAGGCGCCCCCUGGCGUUCAGCGACACCGCCAUUAUGCUGUGAAUGUUCACUGAUGGUGUCACUGCCUGGAUUGCUGCAUCGUAGCUGGAAGUGAAGAGUUAGAAAGACGGUGUAGUUCUAGGUUUCUCCUUUACUCAUCUAAGCAUACUCUCACAAGUAACCGGGUAGUUUCCAUAAUCGCGUCAAGCGGACAGACUCUAAUGGGUAUAGUAGCACGUGCGCUGGAUACUUGAAUAUAGUAGAAUGAACAUGUAUGCAUAUUAUAGGCGUAAAGAAAUGGCUCCUGCAUCGCAUGGGUGACUGAAGCUGAGAGGGUCUAUGUCCCCCAGGGUACCGCCGAAACGUACCCUGGGUACGGUCCGGUAUACCGGA